AUGGAAGCGGAGAACGCGGGCAGCUAUUCCCUUCUACAGACUCAAGCAUUUUAUACAUUCCCAUUUCAACACAUGAUGGCUGAAGCUCCUAAUGUGGAAACCAUGAACGAACAGCAAAUACCAGCAGAAGUCCCACUCCCAGCUCCUCCUACUCAGGAGCUUGGACAAGAGGUUCCAAAAGGAAGAAAAAGAAAACCUAGAACAACAGAACCUAAAAAGCCAGUGGAACCCAAAAAACCUGCUGCACCAAAAAAAUCUGGCAAGUCCACAAAAUCAAAAGAAAAGCAAGACAAAAUUACAGAUACGUUUAAAGUGAAAAGAAAAGUAGAUCGUUUUAAUGGUGUUUCUGAAGCUGAACUUUUGACCAAGACUCUCCCUGAUAUCUUGACCUUCAAUCUGGAUAUUGUGAUUAUUGGCAUAAAUCCAGGACUAAUGGCUGCUUACAAAGGGCAUCAUUACCCCGGACCUGGAAACCAUUUUUAUUAUAGUCACACAGUAAUCAGUAAACUUGAAUCAAGUCGUGGUCGUUUUCUCUCUUAUAAUAAUCUGUGGCUCUGCUAUGUUAUGCCAUCAUCCAGUGCAAGAUGUGCUCAGUUUCCUCGAGCCCAAGACAAAGUUCAUUACUACAUUAAACUCAAGGAUUUAAGAGAUCAGUUGAAAGGCAUCGAACGAAACACAGACAUUCAGGAGGUGCAGUAUACAUUUGACUUACAGCUUGCCCAAGAGGAUGCAAAGAAGAUGGCUGUUAAAGAAGAAAAAUACGACCCCGGGUAUGAAGCCGCGUAUGGUAGCGCUUAUGGCGAGAAUGUGUGCAAUAGCGAACCUUGCAGCUUUUCUACAAAUGGGCUAACAGCUGACGGUGUAGCAUUACAUGGAGAAUCUACUUUGAGUGACAUUCCAAAUGGGCAGUGGAUGACCCAGUCGUUUACAGACCAGAUUCCUUCCUUCAAUAGUCAUUGUGGGACACAAGCCCAGGAAGAAGGAAGCCAGGCCUGA